CUAUAUAUUUUACUGUUUUUGAAUCUAGCAGAUACGAGUGAUGACGAGUAUAGACUGUUGAAGGAUUUGAGAGAAGGAUACGAUCCAAUGGAGCGUCCAGUUUCUGAUCAUAUGAAACCUGUAAACGUAAAACUCCGUUUGAUUCUUCAGCAACUAGUAGACGUUGAUGAGAAAAAUCAAGUGAUAACUCUGGUAGUGUGGACACAGUAUACGUGGAACGACUACAAAAUGAAAUGGUCUCCAGAAGAGUACGGUAACAUCACAAGUCUUCAGAUUCCGUUUGGAACACUUUGGAAACCAGAUAUUCUGUUGUUUAAUAGUGCAAAUGAACAUUUUGAUUCAAGUUUUCCGGUGAAUAUGGUAGUUUCCAAUGAUGGGAAUGUCCUGUUUGCGCCACCAGGCAUUAUGCAGUUUUCAUGCUCUCUUUCAAUGACCUGGUUCCCAUAUGAUGAACAAGUUUGUUAUCUGAAAUUCGGAUCCUGGACAUAUGGCAAGAAACUAGACCUUCGGAUAGACGAUGCUGAUCUUCCAGAGGGUCAUAAAAUGGAUCUACAGUACUAUGUCCCCAAUGGAGAAUUCGAUUUGAUCUCUACUCCAGCAUUUAGAAAAUCGACGACUUUUCUAGAUGAGACAUACGUGGAGUUGUAUUUUCAUAUGCAUCUGAAACGAAGGACAAUGUAUUAUGGACUCAACUGGAUCAUUCCAUCAAUUUUAAUUUCUUUGAGUAACAUUCUAGGAUUUACAAUGCCCGUGGAGUGCGGCGAAAAAGUUACAUUGCAAAUCACCAAUUUCCUCUCUAUUAUGGUGUUCCUGGCAAUGGUGUCUGAAGUAGCUCCGCCCACUUCUGAAUCCAUUCCAAUCAUUGCUGCAUUCUUCUCAUUUGCUAUUGUGAUUCUAGGAGUUUCGAUUUGUGUCUCUCUUAUCACUGUUAAUAUUUUCUAUAGACAUCCAAAGAUGCAUAGAAUGGGAGAUUGGACCAGAUACAUUUUUCUAGAAUGGCUCCCUUGGUUUCUUCUAAUGAGCCGUCCGGAUCACGUCUUCAGAAAACCUAAAAGAGAGAAAAAGAAAGAAGAAGAAGAAGAUGAGGAAUCGAAUGCAGGAGGAAAAGAAGAAGAAAGCGAGUUGAUCUCCCAAAAACAACAACGCCCACGUCUUCUAGUGAAUAGCCAAAUCGUAAUGGAUUCUACGAUUCCAUAUCUAGAAGAAGUGAUUGGUUAUCUAAAAGUUUUUAAAGCAAAAUUAGAUGAUGAUGAAGAAGAGGAAGAAGAGAUUCUAAACUGGAGAUUCAUGGCAAUGGUCAUCGAUCGGGCUUCCCUUUUUCUAUUCACUGGAUUGAUAUUUGGAACCACUUUUGUCAUUUUUGCAGCUUGUCCUAAUUUGUUUUCAGCAGAUCAAAUUAUUGAAACGGAA